AUGGCGAUAAAAUUCAAGGCCACAGAUACAAAGACUGUUCUCCUACAAUUACUGCUGUGUCUGACAAUCUUCUAUGCUGUGUAUUACGUUAUAGGCAUCAUAUUAUUUGGAGCUUUCAGGCUUGAAACAUAUGAUGAGUUCAUGCCAUUCGACUUCAAAACAGAACCAUUGUACUCAAGCUCAGAAUACAAGGUCAAUCUGAUCUCAAUGGAGUUGACCUACUUUGUGUGUGGGCUGCUGUUUGCUGGGGUAGUUAAAGAACAGAUAUGGGAUUAUGCGAUUACAGUCACUGUGAUUCAUGUUGCAGUUACGUCAACAAGUAAGUAG